AUGCUGUUUUCAUCAUGUGGAUUCACUAGAGAAAUGACCAUCUUUGAUCAGCCAAGUAAAAUAAAAAACUUGUUUAUUUGCUGCCAGUGCCCCUCACGGGUGCUGAGGCUCUGGACUUGCAGGCGCCCAAGGACAAGGAGGAAUCUGCUAGUGGGCACUGCGUGUGUGAUCUACCUGGGAUUCCUCGUCAGUCAAGUGGGUCAUGUUUUACCCCAGCACAAAGGAGGACACCAAAAGAUCAGUUCCAGAAGUCUCCAAGAUGCGGCUCAAACUCCUUUUUUGGGCAUCCUACUGGAUGGCACCCUGUCACCAGCCAAUUUCCAGGAACCCCAGCUGGGUAGCAGUGGGACCAUGCUGCCACCCAAUGUAGUGUAUAUCACCCUGCGGUCCAAGCGCAGCAAGCCUGCCAACAUCAGAGGCACGGUGAAGCCAAAGCGCAGGAAGAAACACACAACCCCUUUGUCCUAUGGGCAGCACUUUCCAAAAGCCACUUUUAGGGGCCAGGAAGAGGCCUUUGCCCAACAGCCACGGAAGGCCACACAUGCCAUGGGCACGAUGGGAGCAGCAAUGGCUCUGGAGAUGCGAAAGCACCAACUGGAUGAACACAGGCAUAAAGGAGUGGCAAUCAGGGAGAGGGGUCACCGAAGACCAGGGGGAAUUUCUGGAGCUAUAAAGGCACAGCCCCAGCCUGAGGAAAGCAAUAUCAGGAUUUACAGCGAGAGCUCUCCCUCUUGGCUGAGCAAAGACGACAUCCUAAACAUGCGCAUGCUGGCAGAUUCUCGGAUAGAGAGCAUCCAAGAAAUGCCUUCUCACAAAGCAGUCCUGGCAGUAUUUGUGAGGGGUCCCAGCACCACAGGAACUGCUUGUAACCAGGGGCACUGUGGCAUCGUCAAAAGACCCCUUGACAUGAGCGAGGUGUUUGCCUUUCAUUUGGAUAGGAUCUUGGGGCUGAACAGGAGCUUACCUUCUGUAAGCAGGAGAUCGGAGUUCUUCCAAGAUGGUCAAGCCUGUCCUGUUAUUCUCUGGGAUUCCUCACUGAGUCCAACAGAUAAUAGUACCCAUUCUUCUGUGAGAUUAACCUGGGGGCAAUAUCAGCAGCUAUUGAAGCAGAAAUGCUGGCAGAAUGGUAAAGUUCCCAAAGCUGACUGGGGCUGCACCGAAAUCCAUCAUCAUGAGUGGUCCAAGAUGGCACUCUUUGAUUUUCUUCUGCAGAUUUACAAUCGUCUAGACAGAAACUGCUGUGGAUUCAAACCUCUCAAGGAGGAUUCCUGUGUGCAGCAAGGGCUGAAGCUGAAAUGUAGUGAUCAGGAUGCUGUUGACCUAACACACAUAGUUCAGAGGAGGCAUGACCGAAGGCACUUGACCUUUAUAGACAAUAAGGGUUUCUUUGACAGAAACGAGGACAAUCUUGACUUCAAAAUACUACAAGGAAUCAAUGAAUUCCCUGAAUCUGCAGUUUCAGUGCUGAGGAGCCAGCGUUUACGUGAGAAGUUGCUUCAGUCUUUGUUCCUUGACAAAAUAUACUGGGAGAGCCAAGGAGGCAGAAAAGGAAUUGAAAAGCUUAUUGAUGUAAUAGAAAGGAGGUCCAAAAUUCUUCUUACUUAUAUAAAUGCACAUGGAGCCAAAGUAUUGCCCAUGAACGAAUGAAGAAGUCUUGUUUCUAUCUGAGAGAUAGUCUUUAAAAAUCUUUGUAUGUGUAAAAAACUGACAGUAAAAUUUAUUUCAUUCAUAGGCUUAUUUAAUUUUUUUUCCCAAACUUUCACGUUUAUUUUUAAAUAAGAAGUCCUACAUG